AUGCACGGUAGCACUUCACGGCGACUGCCGGAUUCCGGUAGUUAUGACUACACAAAUCAAAGAAAUUUGGAUUGUGCAUCGACUUUCAGAGCUACGGAUUCAACUAGUCCAAAUCUCAUCAGGCAGAAUAGCACUCCAGCUGGAUUUUUGUCCUCCUUGAAUGUUGAAAAUGGUUUUGCCGGCGUGAAAGAUGUGAGAAAAGGCAGUUCAUCAAGUGCUUCCAAUAACCACAUCAGUUUCUCAUUAGGUCCAUCUUCUUCAUCAAGAUUCUUGCCCCAAAUAGCUGAAAACGAGAAUGAAUUGCAUGAUUCCACAUUCAAUGGCUUGAAGAGGAGCAGAGAUGGUGGUUUGAAGAUAUCACAUUCACAGAAUGGAGAGUCUGGAAACCAUACUCCUAGUUUGCUUCACCAUAUGAGCUUACCAAAAACUUCCUCUGAGAUGGCAGCUGCUGCUGAAAACUUCGUGCAUUUCCAACAAGAAUCAUCGGUUCCAUGGAAAACACGAGCAAAAAGAGGAUUUGCUACACACCCAAGAAGCAUUGCAGAAAGGAUGAGAAGAACCCGAAUAAGCGAAAGAAUCAAAAGGUUACAAGAGCUUUUCCCUGAUAUGGACAAGCAAACUAAUACAGCAGAUAUGUUAGAUAUGGCUGUUGAGUACAUUAAAGACCUUCAAAAAGAACUACAGAUUUUGAACGAUGCUCGAGCAAGGUGCAAGUGUUCAAGUAAACAAUUACAGUCAGGUAAAGACAGACAGUGUGAUUUAAAUUUGAGGAAUAUUAGAUCCAAUAUUUGGAUGACCCUAAAUGGAUCAACAUCUUUGUGA